AUGUUAUUCAAGUCUCUUUCUCUUUCAUUCCUUUUACUCGCAUCUCGCGUUCUUGCCGACAAUGAUAACUGCUCCGGCGACAAAAAUGUCACCGCCCAAAGUGACCUCGACAACAUCAAAAGCUGCAGCAAGUUAGACGGCAGCUUACACGUUGACAACUUGCAAGCCUCUGGUAUCACUGUUCUCAACAUCGUAGGUGUUAAGGAAGUCACUGGUGGUAUUGUUGUUUCCAACAGCCCUCACUUAGAAACCGUCAACUUCCCAGACUUAGAAACUGUCGACGGUACGUUUAGCAUUCAUGAUAUGACCCGUUUGAACAGUCUUCCUGCCCCUAAGCUUAACGAGGUCGGUUCUUUGGAACUCAAGGUUUUACCCAACUUGGGAGAACUCCAAUUCAACAAUGGUAUCAAGAAGGCUAAUAAUGUCGAAAUCGUCAACACCGGACUCCAGUCCAUCAAGGGUAUUGAUAUCACUAACAUCGGUACUUUCAAUAUCAACAACAACAAAUACAUCCAAUCUAUCGACAUGCCCCAAUUGGAAACCGCCUCAUCUAUCAACAUUGCUGCCAACGCCAAGAAGGUUGACGUAAACUUUAGCAAGCUUGCCAAUGUUAGCUCUGAUGCCAACUUCAACGGUAUCAGCAACGUUUUCGUCGGUAACUUGAAGUCUACUAAGGGCAGUCUUGGUUUCACCGAUACCUCCCUUAACAAUGUCUCCCUUCCCUACCUCACCUCUGUGUCCCAAUCCCUCUACUUCAUGGACUCUACUGAUCUUAACAGCUUAAGCCUUCCCAACUUGACUAGCGUUGGUGGUAGUUUCACCAUCAACAACACUGAUCUGGUCAAGGUCUCUGGUUUCCCUAAGCUCUCUGAAGUCGGUGGUGGUCUUACUUUGCUCGGUAACUACUCUGAAGUUGAUUUCCCCAAGCUUUCUGAUGUUCGUGGUAGUUUGUUGGUUGAAAGCAAGUCUAGCAACUUCUCUUGCCCCUUCAAGAAGAGUGACGAUGUUAUCAAGGGUAAUGAUUGGACUUGCAAGGGUGCCGUAUCUAGCAUUGCCAAGUCUUCCUCUGUCAGCAACACUGCUACCUCUGAUGGCUCCUCCGCUACUUCUUCUGCUUCCGGCUCUGACUCCUCUGCCGAGCAUGGUAAGUCUGCUUCUAGCCAAAAGUCUGGUGCUUCCACUGUUGCUUUCUCCGCUGGUGUUGUUGGUAUCGUUACCCUCUUCGGUGCUGCUCUCAGCUUGUAA